AUGUCAAAUAAGGAGGUGAAGGCAGCAUUAAAGAGCGCUAGAGAUGCAAUACGAAAUAAAGAAUAUAAGGAAGCCUUAAAACAUUGCAAGGCAGUCUUGAAGCAAGAAAAAAACAACUACAAUGCUUGGGUUUUUAUUGGCCUGGCAGCUGCUGAGUUAGAGCAGCCUGAUCAGGCCAAAGGAGCAUAUAAGAAGGCUAUUGAACUUGAACCAAACCAGUUACUGGCAUGGCAGGGUUUAGCAAAUUUAUAUGAGAAAUCCAACCAAACAGAUGUCAAAGGAGACUUGGCAGAUGUUUACCAAAAGCUUUUGGAACUCUAUGAAAGUGGUGACAAGCAGAAAUGGUGUGAUGUGUGUAACAAGCUUGUGGAACUAUAUCAUCAAGAAAAGAAAUAUUUAGAGGUGGCUGAAACAUGGCAGAAACUAAUACAAAUGAAACAGGAGGAAGGUGCAGAAAAGGCAGAGGUGCAUCAGCUUUGGAAGAAGAUGAUCCAGUUACUGAAAGACAGUACACAAAACCAGGAUAACAAGACCAAGCAGUUGCUUUUAACUGGAUUUGAACAUGCGGUGAACUCUGCUGAUACUGUUCCUGGUGAAGACCACCAAAAUCUUUACAAGGACUUUAUUCAGUGCUUGUCAAAAUUUCCUCAUGAAACGGCUAGGUUGGAAAAGGCCUGUAAUGAUAUGUUGGCUUUGUAUCCUACUGUGAGUUAUCCUUUAGAAGUACUUUGCUUGCACUUUAUUCAAUCAGGCACUUUGUCAGAAGAGGCCCUGCACUGUUUUUCUAGACUUUUGGAAAUGGACGCAAGCAGUGGUCCAGGCAUCAUUGGUUUUGGUAUAAAAUGCCUCCAAGAAAAGAAAUACAAGGAGGCUGUUCAGAGUCUUACUGAAGGUUUGCAGAAGACUAGCCAUUGUCCAGCAGCAUGGCAUUAUUUGGCAGAGGCACAGAUGAAAAUUCACAAACACAGGGAUGCUGUCCUGUCCUGCAAUGAAGCUCUCGAGGUUCUUGGAACUCCUGAGGAUCCUACUCUUCGGUGGAAGAACCUUAUCCUUCAGUUGAAAGCAGAGUCUUUGAUUAAAAUAGCCAAUACUGAUGCUGCAGAAGAAGCCAUUAAAGCACUUGAGCAGAUUGUGGAUGCAAGCAGUGAUCCUGUGGUUUUAGCUCUCAGAGGUCAGGCUUAUCUAAACAAAGGUUUAAUGGAUCAAGCUUCCAAGAUUUCACAAGAGCUUCUGUUGUCCCACCCUGAUCUGGCCGAGUCCCAUGCUCUAGAGGGUUUCAUCCAUUAUUCCCAAAAGAACUACGAACAGGCAGAAAGAAGUUUUCUAAAUGCUAUUGAAAGAAAGGCAGAAACUGCAGAGUAUCAUCAGUACCUGGGGCUCACAUACUGGUUCAUGAGUGAUGAGACAAAAAAAGACAAAGGAAAAGCACUCACUGAGUUCUUGAAGGCUGCAAAAUUGGACAGCUACUUGGGAAGUGUCUUUUGUUAUUUAGGUAACUACUACAGAGACAUUGCUGGAGACAAAAGUAGAGCUCGUGGUUGCUAUAAAAAGGCUUUUGAACUGGAUGGAACUGAUGAAGAAUCUGGAACAGCAGCUGUAGGCUUAAGCGUGGAACUUGGAGACAUGGACACUGCUCUGUCAAUCCUGAAUGAGGUAACUGAAAAAGCGAGUACUGGUACAGCAAAAUGGGCCUGGCUUCAUCGUGGGCUUUACUACCUGAGAACUGGUCAGCCGUCACAAGCAGUGGCUGAUUUGCAGGCAGCUCUCAGGGCUGAUCCGAAGGAUUCCAACUGCUGGGAGUCUCUAGGGGAGGCUUACUUGAGCAGGGGUAGUUAUUCAACAGCUCUGAAAUCCUUCAGGAAAGCAACUGAGCUGAACCCAGAGCUCGUGUACAGCAUUUACAGAGCUGCAGCAGUUGAGCAGAUUCUAGGCAAAUACGAAAAUGCUAUAGCUACCUAUCAACAGAUCUUAAAGAAGACAGAAGACUAUGUGCCUGCACUAAAAGGACUUGGUGAGUGCUAUCUCAUGCUGGCAAGAUCAGCCCUUGAUAACUAUUUUGAUAGGAAGGCUGUGGAUUACAUAGAACAGGCUCUUGAAUUUUUUACAAGGGCAACAAAGCACCGUCCUGAUGUAUCUUGCCUCUGGAAACUGCUUGGAGAUACCUGUACUAGCGUGCAUGUUAUUUCACCACCCAAAGUAAAUGUUCAAGUUCUAGGAUCCCUUCUGGGUAAAAAUGCAGGCAAACAGAUACUGAAGAAAAGUGAGCUGCUCAGACUGGGAGGAAGGUGUUACGGCAGAGCUUUAAAAUUGAUGCCUUUGCCUAGCAUAUGGUGUGAUCUUGGAAUAAAUUAUUAUCGACAAGCAGAGCACCUCACAGCAGUGGGCACUGACAUGAAUGAGAUCAGUGAACUGCUAGAGAAGUCUUUACAGUGUCUCAAAAAAGCUGUGAGGCUUGACAGCAAAAAUCAUCUUUAUUGGAAUGCACUUGGUGUAGUUGCUUCCUGUAGUGCUAUUGGGAAUUAUGCUCUUGCUCAACAUUCGUUCAUCAAAUCUGUUCAAGCUGAGCAAAUCAAUGUUGUUGCCUGGACCAACUUGGGGGUUUUGUAUCUGGCAACUGGAAACAUUGAGCAAGCUCAUGAAGCCUUCAAGGUAGCCCAGUCUCUGGAGCCUUCUUACUUAUUGUGUUGGAUUGGGCAGGCUCUUAUUGCAGAGAUGGUAGGCAGCUAUGAUACUAUGGAUCUCUUCAGGCACACCACUGAACUCAGUAUGCAUACUGAGGGAGCAAAAGGCUACGCCCACUGGGUAUGUUCAACACUGCAAGAUAAAAGCAACAGAAACACUGAACUAUAUCUAUACAACAUUGUUCAAAUGAAUGCUAUUCCAGCAGCCCAGGUGGUCCUGAGCAAAUAUACAGAAAGAAAUCCAGACGAUCCGUCUGCUUUCACAAUGCUUGGUUAUUUGAAUGAGUAUCUGCAUCUAAAAAGGCAGGCAACAGAGGCCUAUGAGAGGGCAGCUUCAUUGCUGAAAAACUCUGAGGAUACUGAGAAAUAUAAUACAGCAAUGCAAAAUUAUGGCAGGUUACUGUGUGCCCUUGGUCAGUGUGAUAAGGCCAUUAAGGUUUACACAUCAACACCCCUAACUGAGUUUGAUGGCAUUGUGGGGAUAGCAUUAGCCUACUUCAAGAAAGGACUCUUACAAGAAAGUAUCAAAGCCUAUGAAAAAGCCUUGUCUGUUGCUGAGUCUGAACAAGAUAAAGCACAUAUCCUGACUGCCUUGGCAAUAAUAGAGUAUAAACAGAACAAAGUGGAUGCUGCAAAGACACUGCUGUUUAAAUGUUCAUUAAAGGAACCUAGUACGGAAAGUCUGAAGGCUUUGUGCACACUAGGACUGGUAAAGCAGGAUGCUACACUUGCAACAGCAGCCCUAAAAGAAUUACUGAAGCAUGAAAAAGGGGACGAUAAGAUUUAUGAGAGGUGCCUUAUUGCAUCUGCUGUUUAUGCAUUGCAAGGUAGAAAUGUGGGGGUCCAGAGAGAAAUCUCCAAAGCAAUACAUAGUAACCCUGAUAAUCCUGCCCUCUGGUCUCUUCUAUCUCGACUAGUUCCACUGUAUGCAUCACAAAAGGCAAAAGGGGGAGCUGUGGCAGGAAACAUUGCACAUGUACUUGAUGUAAACCAUGGAAAGGUUUGGCUUUAUUAAAAUGCAGAUUUUAUAAUUCCAUAAACAAUCCUAAAAUUAAUUCCAUCUGAUCACUUACAUUAUAGUGUUAAGCCACUUUUAUGUUCUGUUUUAUAGGAAAACAAUCCUCUGAAAAAUAUUCAGAAGGCAAUCCACCUCUGUCCAGAUAAUCCUGCUACCUGGGCAGUGCUAAUGGCAGCCUGUCAUGCUGAAAACACCGUUGGCUGUCUAAACAACACUCAGCCGAAGAGAACAGAUCUAGAGAUGACACUUGUAUCUACAGUUUCAGCCAAAACUGGAGAAAAUAACCUUCCACAUAAUUAUGUCCGGACUCUUGAAGACUGGUGUCUGUGUCAAGCUAUUACUAGUCUAGAGGAGACUGGUAAACUCUCAGAAGCUGAAGCUCUUUGUACCAAGGGUUUAAAAAGCUGCCCUGAGCACCCAGCUCUGUUUUUGCUUUUGAGACAAGUUCAGUGUAAGCAGCUGUUGCAGUCUCACAAAGAACUUCCAGACACCAUCCUGGAGGAGCUUCGCAAGACAGUCAUGACCAGUUCAACCUCAGUUGCAGCCUGGCAAUGGCUGGCAAAAGUAUAUCAGUCUCAAAGAAUGAUGGUUGGAGCAGAGAUGUGUUACAGAAAGAGUCUGCAGCUGGCGUCACAGCAGGGCAGCUGGAAUGGGAAGUUAUCCAGUCUGCUCAGGCUGGCUAUGCUCGCACUGGAAAUCUGCAUGGCUAAUGUCUCAAAUGAGCACUGGCCAUCCUUGGUUCAGGAGGCAACAACUGAAGCUUUGAAACUUUCUUCUUGCCCCCUGGCAGCUCUCCUACAAGCACUGCUACAGUAUAAUCGCAAAAUGGGAGCAAGUUUUUACCAGGUUUCUGAUGACAUUGUGAAUUUGAAAAUGUCUUGGUUAGGUAUAAGGGGGCAGUGUUGGAAGUAUCAACCAGGGAAUCCAGAAACCAUAGUGUCAGUGGCACGCUGGUACCUCCUGCAACAUCUGUAUGCCAAAGAUGAUUAUGAAUUAAUAGAUGUGCUUAUAGAAAAUGCCAAAGCUAAUGGAGAUGUUAGAGCUCUGGAACUAAAUGAGAAGUUGUCAGCAAGUGCCUAGUAUGGACUAUCUCAAGUGAAAAAUCUUCCAUUCGUGCAACUUAAUCAGUCCAUUUUCCAGGAGCAUAUGUGGUU